CUCUAUUACGUUUAUUUCCAGCUCCUCGCACUGACCCAAACAGACGGUCGUUCAACACUUCUCGUAGUGACCCAAACAGACGGUCAUUGCAUACUCCUCGUACUGACCCAAACAGGAGGUCGUUCACUACAGCUCGCACUGACACAAACAGACGGUCAUUCAACACACGUGCUGCUGCCAACAGACAGUCAUACAUUAAGGGUGUUCAACAAACGCCAGAGGUUCCACUUAGCACACCAGCAGAAACUCAGGAGGGAGGCGGGCUAGUGUGGGCACCGAAGUGGGUAGUGAGACUAUCGGCUAGCCUGGCUAUCCUGGGUGGCGCCUUCCUCUUCUCCAGCAUCAGCGUCCUCACCAACAGCUUCGGCCAGUCCAACCGCACCUCAGAAGGCCCCAACAAGGCCACUGGAACUAUUUUUAUGGCAUUUGGAUGUAUUUCCAUUAUGGUCUCUCUGGGUUUGGCAUACUAUGGCUGCCGGAAGCGCAAGAAGAAGGAUGAAGAUGAAGUAAGUGACAGCGGCCGGAUAGUCAGCUUCGCACCGGCCAUCUCCACCACCGCCGACAUGUUCCCGUGGCCUUCUACUCCCUCCCAUCACAAUUCUUCUGGCUCUCCCUAUAGCACUCCCGCUGCGGGACAGCCACCGUCCUUCACGGGUCCUCUUGCCGGGGAAGCUUCCAUAUACGCCAAGCACACAGGAGGACCUCACUCAAGUAGGGAUAUCAGGGAACAACGCACUCCUAGAGCGUCUCCUGGGCCAAGCGGAACCCAGAAGAAAGUGGAAAAGGUGGAGUUACCCGUGGUGUCUCUGCCCCCUGCCUCCCCUAGUCCGGGACCCUCACACGCGUCCUAGAGUUUCAGGGCGGGGAAGAAGGUGCUAUUCACGAGCGUCCAUACCAGCCUUCUGAACGGCUCUCAUCUGGGAAUUUUCUUACACACGAAUUUUGUAUUGCAUGAAAUAUUUCUAUUCUUCUAUGUCUUUCGCAUAUUUGUUGAUUUUGUUGAAGCCGAUGAUAUUCCCUCAAACCCUCUACAGUUUAUAUAUAUA